GCGCGAGAUCACGAUCGAGCAAGGCGAGGAGGACCUGCAGGUUGUUGGACAAAAAAUAUACCUGCCAAAACAUCAUCAUUCGUAUGGUGCAUAAUCACGCACCACCCAGGCAUCCGUAUAGCCCGUACGAGGCGACGUUCCGCUGCGAGGUCCAGAUCAACAUAGCUUUGAAGGUCUGCGGCCACUCCUCUACUGCGUCUUUCAUGAGCGCCAGUCGCAAUUGCAGUUGCUACAGAAUCUUGCGCCGUCAGCAGGGUGGCGGUGGUAAUAAGGACUAGCAUAAGGCAUAGUACCUUACUCUCCGCAUGU